AUGUGGCUCUUUGCAUGGCUGUGCCUUGUGCUUAGUUUUCUGGGAGGAGUGAGCUGUACCUGUCCCUCUGAGUGCACCUGUGAUUUUCACGGCAGAAAUGACGGCUCAGGAUCGAGGUCAGUGCUGUGUAAUGACCUGGAUAUGAAUGAAGUUCCUACAAACUUCCCCGUGGACACUGUGAAGCUUCGGAUAGAGAAGACUGUGGUGCGAAGGGUCCCUUCAGAGGCCUUCUACUACCUGGUGGAGCUGCAGUAUCUCUGGCUGACGUACAACUUGGUGGCCAGCGUAGAACCCAGCAGCUUUUACAACCUGAAGCAGCUACAUGAGCUGCGUUUGGAUGGGAAUGCCCUGACGGCUUUCCCGUGGGUGUCUCUGCUGGACAUGCCCCACCUGAGGACACUGGACUUGCAUAAUAACAGAAUUACCAGUGUGCCAAACGAGGUGGUCAGAUAUCUGAAGAACCUUACCUACUUGGAUUUGUCAAGCAAUAGACUAGCCACGCUGCCACCAGAUUUCCUGGACAGUUGGUCCCAUUUAGCUGUGACACCUUCUCGAAGCCUGCAUCUUCCACUGAGAAGAAUUAUUCUCGGUUUACAGGACAAUCCUUGGUUCUGCGACUGCCACAUUUCCAAACUGAUGGAGCUGUCGAAAGUUGCCGACCAUGCUGUCAUACUGCUCGACCCUCUGAUGGUCUGCAGUGAACCCGAGCGUCUGCAAGGGAUCUUGUUUCAGAGGGCAGAGCUGGAACAGUGUCUGAAGCCCUCAGUGAUGACCUCAGCUACCAAAAUCACGUCUGCUCUGGGUAGUAACGUUCUGCUGAGGUGUGACGCCACUGGCUACCCCACCCCACAGCUGAUGUGGACCAGAUCCGACAGCUCACCAGUUAAUUAUACAGUAAUUCAGGAGUCUCCAGGAGAAGGAGUCAGAUGGUCCAUCAUCAGCUUGACAGGCAUCUCCUACAAGGAUGCUGGGGAUUACAGGUGUAAAGCCAAAAAUCUAGCUGGGACAUCAGAAGCUGUGGUUUCGGUGACUGUUGUUGGUGAUGUUACGACCACCCUAGUACCAGACACUACAGGAAGGAGCCCUGGAGAGCACCCUGAGCAGGAUCCCCAGCCAGGAGCAGGAGGAUCAACGCCUCUACCUAAGUCAUGGUUGUCGCCCGGGCUCUCUUCUACUGUGUUCUAUUCCUCUCCCUCAACUGCUCUAUCUACAUCCACAUCGCCUCCUUCUUCCUUCUCUUUGCCUCCUGUCUUCUCUGUUGCUUCGGCAACCACAAGUGUCAAAGCCAGCAGCUCAGAAAGCACCAUCAGGAUGAGCCACCAGCCCUUCCUGCUCCACCCCAGCAGCGUCGGGAAAAGCAGCCCAAAGCUGGAGAAGAAUGGAAGUAAGUUUCCUCCAGUCAGUGCAAGUAAGAAAGAGGAGUUGGCGCUGUUGGACCAGGCAAUGCCUACAGAGACAAAUGUCACUAUAGACAACCUCAGGGUGGCCAUCGAAACUGGAGUAAGUGUGACUUUGACAUGGAACACCACCACACAGGGGUCUGCUGUGACUGUGCUGUAUUCCAAGUAUGGAGAGAAGGACCUGCUGCCAGUGAAUGCAGACUACGGCAAGAACCAGGCCACCAUAGAUGGCCUGGAACCUGGUAGUCAGUAUAUAGCUUGUGUCUGUCCAAAAGGAGUGGCUCCCCGGAAGGACCGGUGUAUCCUGUUUUCUACCAACAGAGCGGAAGAACGUGACUCACAGUGGUCACUCCUGAUCGUGGUGACCAGUACUGCCUGUGUUAUAGUCAUGCCCCUCAUUUGUUUUUUAUUAUAUAAAGUCUGCAAACUGCAAUGUACAUCAGACACUUUCUGGGAAGAUGAUUUGGCAAAAGAGACCUAUAUCCAAUUUGAGACCCUAUCGCCCAGAUCACAAAGUUUAGGAGAGCUGUGGACACGGAGGCACAAAGAUGAUGCAGAGAAGUUGCUGCUGUGUUCUCGGUCAAGUGUGGACUCUCAGGUGAAUUAUAAAAGCGAUGGUUAUAGACCAGAAUAUUAUUGCUGA